UGCCGGAGUGUCAAGAGAUGCUCUGGCAAUCUGCUGUUCGCCUCAGAUUCUUGCAUCUUUCAUUCUUUUUUUCUGCUGGGUUCAGCGGUUUUGCUUCAACUCUCUGCUGCUGGGACCUGGGAGACUGCCUGCACAGCUCAACUCUCACUCUGCCUGCCUCCUUCCUUCAGUCUCCGACUGCCUCGCGUUGCUCCGUUGCUCUGUCAAUUUGUCACGCUUCGGGAGGAGAGAGCAAGUGAGCAGGAGAAGAUGAAAGCUGGUCAGGGGUGCUGAUACAGCUGCAGCUGAGGAUUCAGAAUGCAGGUUGUUUUCCCAUUCCGAAAAAAAGACGCAAGGAAUCUCAACUUGUCUCAACUGUCCUACUGGAGGGCUGAAGAUUUUAGUAUUUUAAAGUGCACUGGGAGUAAAUAUUGGAUGACAUUCUGAGGUGAGAAGAUCAAAUCUACUUACUUUUGACUAGACCUUUGACACAUCUGGAUGUUAUGGAGAGUACGAAGGACAUCACUGAUGUAUUUUUGACUGUUCUCUGAUGAUUCACAGUGGACUACGCAGUAACUUAAUUCCCAGUUGCAUGUAGAAAGUUCUAGGUUUCUGGACAUUCUCUUGGCUCCCUUUUGAUCUCACUUAAACUGUCUAAAUCCUCUUAGGAUUUCCAUUCUUCAACUAUUUCCCUCUACAGUUACUGUAGUCUUGCUCUUCAGUGGUUGAACCUGCCUUAACAAAAAAGUUGCUCGACACAGGCUGUAUAAAAAGCUUAAAAAGUUGUACAAUUAAAAUGGACUGACUGAACCCAAGCAAAGCAAAGCAAAGAUGAACAUAUCGCAGCACCAUGGGCUGCACCAUUCCCACAGGAACCACAGUCUGGUUGCUCAUGCUGGAAGCAAAGUGGAGAGGGAACCAACCUCAGGCUGCUAUGAGCAACUGCUGGUCUCCACCGAAGUGUUCCUCAUUUUGGGGCUGGUCAGCCUGGUGGAGAACAUUCUGGUCAUCGCUGCCAUUGUCAAGAACAAGAAUUUCCACUCGCCCAUGUACUUCUUCAUCUGUAGUCUGGCAGCAGCCGAUCUUCUGGUGAGCCUCUCCAACUCCACAGAGACCGUGGUCAUGGCGCUCAUCACUGGCGGCAACCUGAGCAUUUCUGGAGGAGUCGCCAAGACCAUGGACAAUGUGUUCGACUCCAUGAUCUGCAGCUCCCUCUUGGCCUCCAUCUGGAACUUGCUGGCCAUAGCCAUCGACCGUUACAUCACCAUCUUUUACGGCCUUCGGUACCACAACAUCAUGACCCAAAAGCGGGCGGCCAUCGUCAUCGUCUGCAUCUGGGCUUUCUGCACAGCUUCCGGCGUGCUCUUUAUCGUCUACUCGGAGAGUCCCACUGUCCUCAUCUGCCUUAUCAGCAUGUUCUUCGCCAUGCUGGCCCUCAUGGCUUCGCUCUACGUCCACAUGUUCCUUCUAGCCAGGCUUCACAUGAAGCGAAUCGCUGCCCUUCCUGGCAAUGGACCUGUACCGCAGGCGGCCAACAUGAAGGGCGCGGUGACCCUCACCAUCCUGCUGGGUGUUUUCGUGGUGUGCUGGGCACCCUUCUUCCUGCACCUCAUCCUCAUGAUCUCCUGCCCCAGAAACCCUUACUGCAUCUGCUUCAUGUCUCACUUCAACAUGUACCUAAUCCUUAUCAUGUGUAACUCGGUCAUCGACCCACUCAUCUAUGCCUUCCGCAGCCAGGAGAUGAGGAAGACCUUCAGGGAAAUCUGCUGUGGCUGGGCCUCGGAUCUGAGCUGUGGAUGGAACUGUGGGGGUUAUGGGCUUUCUUCUGAUUGUGUGUGAGCUGCGAAUCAUUUUAGUUCCACAGUGCUCCCUUAGUCUCAAGUGUGACGUAACAGAUAAGACAUGCCUGGUGUCUGUUGGUUGGGUUUGUCUGGGGUUGGAGCUUCUGGAUCAGUUAUAGGGAAGUCAUAGGAGAUGCUGUUCACCAAUUGUUUUGUGGACUGCUGUUUUUAAGUACAGAUAAGCCUGCUAUUAUCUGUGCAGCCAGGUUUGGAGACUUGGCCAGGCUCAUUUUUAUAGAUAACAGUGAUUCAGACAGGGUUAAAAACUACAUGCAAGCUUAUUUGAAAUUUCUUAACUUAAAUAAAGGCUUGAGGAAAUCCCAAACAUGGUCCUGGAGGACCUUUUUCCUAUAUAUUGUAGUGUUUUCCCUGCUCCAAACACACAUAAUCUACCCAACAAAUCAGUGAAUUGAGAAGACCAUAAUAGGUUGAAGACAGUCGCUGCAUUUUAAGGUCUAGGCUGCAGCCAAGGUAAGCUGAAUUUCUUAGGUUGCUACCUUACAUACUGGCAUCAUGUUGGCUUUACGUUCAGGUGGGGGUCUUAGGUUCAAGUCCCUAUCUGGGUGGAGUUUGUGUGUUCUCCCCAUUUAGGGUUUCCUCCCAGAAGUCCAAAAACCAUGAAGUAAAUUGGUUACUGUAUCUUCAUACUCGGACACAGAUUGGCACUGUGGUGGACGUUCAUUUCUGGUAAGCUGUACACGAUUGGCUGCUGCUUGUUGCUGGUCUGUAUUGGAGAGUGUGGGUAAAUAGAGUUGUUGUUUGUGCAAAACAUCCUUGGGGUUUCUUAAAAGGUACUAUAUAAGUGUACCUUAUUCAAUUAUAAAAGACUGUUCCAAAAUAAAAGACCCUUCAUAUGUUGUAUACAGCCGAUUUAACGGUAAAUGCAACCGGCGUUUGGAGUGCUUUAAAGAUGCAAUCACGAUCAUUGUAUUCUUCACAGACCUUGGUUACCCACAGUGCUCUGCACAUGUACAAUGUAAAGGGAAUAAAACAGCACAACAGAACAUAAUGAAUCCUCCAGAAAAUAGUUUAUUUUUAUAAUUAUAAAUCAUUUAUGUUAAGAAAUGAAAACUGAACUUUUUUUACUGCAAUUGCAAGAAGCGGGACUUUUCUGGUAAAAGGACAUCAACAGAAAAUUGUAUUAGACUUUUACAUACAGCUCUGGAAAAAGAAUUAAGAGACCACUUCAGUUUCUGAAUCAGCUUCUCUGAUUUUGCUAUUUAUAUGUAUAUGUUUGAGUAAAACAAGUAAAAUGUACAUAGUUGUUUUAUUCUAUAAACUACAGACAACUUUUCUCCCAAAUUCCAAAUAAAAAUAUUGUCAUUUAGAGCAUUUAUUUGCAGAAAAUGAGAAAUGGCUGAAAUAACAAAAAAGAUGCAGAGCUUUCAGACCUCAAAUAAUGCAAAGAAAACAAGUUCAUAUUCAUAAAGUUUCAAGAGUUAAGAAAUUAAUAUUUAGUGAAAUAAUUCUGUUUUUUUAAUCACAGUUUUCGUGCAUCUUGGCAUUUUCUCCUCCACCAGUCUUACACAUUGCUUUUGGAUAACUUUAUGCCUUUACUCCUGGUGCAAAAAUUCAAGCAGUUCAGUUUGGUUUGAUGGAUUGUGAUCAUCCAUCUUCCUCUUGAUUAUAUUCCAGAGGUUUUCAAUUUGGUAAAAUAAAAAAGAAACUUAUCAUUUUUAAAUGAUCUCUUAUUUUUUUUUCCAGAGCUGUAUGUGUGACCAAUAGGUUAUUAAGAAAGAGUUUUCAUAGGACAGUAAUUGACUGCUGCUUUUGCUGUUUUUUUGGCCUCUACAACAUAGAAAGUUGUUUCAAAUGGAAGAAUCAAUAGAGUACAACAUGGUGCCACGUGAAAAAAAAAAACUACAACAUAAAGUGCAAAAGAGCGCCAAAUUGUGCAAAUAGUGCUGUACCGAUGCAACACGGUUUGAUUGUGCAUUGUGAGGAUCAGGUGCAGAGAUAUACAAAGAAAUGCAGCUGAAUUUUAGAGCAAUUUUAAGGACGCAAUUGAUUGACGCAACUUUCCAGCCCUUGGUUAUCAGCCCACAGUUCCCUGAACAUGUUUAAUGUAAGGGAAAAUUAUAUAUAGCAUCAUUGAUGUUAAAGAAAAAUAGUAAAAAAAAAAAAAAAAAAAAGUCUGGAGCAGAGUUUGUUCUAAAAUGUUCCAGAGUUUUGCAUUACAAAUGUUUUGCACCACCACAAAGCCUUGUUACACUAUUCUAUUAGUUUCACCAAUAGCCGGCUGCAGCCUAGGCUUUGGAACACAGCUAUAGCUAUAUGUUAGAAAAGGAAACCACUAACAUGUGCAAGUUGCAUUGCAUCCUCCAUAACCAUUGUGUCUUCUUGCCUUACAUUACCAUAAAAAAAAAAAAAACACUGGAAGCAACCAGAUCAUGGCUGAUUGACUUUAUUUGGGGUGCGGGGCAAACUGUGUAGACUAAAAUCCCCCC